ACUGAGCCUCGCUCGACUUGGGUUCCGUCCUCGUCCCAUUGCCGCCGCAUUGCGUCGUUCUCCUCCGGCUAGGGUAGUUUCUCCGUUGGCUUUCCGAUCUCCAAGCUUGCCGCGGGCAGCUUCGGAUCACUCUGAGCCCGCUCAAUUAUACUUCAGAUAGCAUCUUCUUUGCCUGUCCUCUUUAACAUACUCUUGUUGACGGUGCUAUCAUAUUCUUGAUAACCUUCCGUACUGCCUAUCUGAGGAUACUGCUAUUUCUGCAUUUGUUCCUCAACAGUCACUUGCUUUGUGGUUCCAUAUUCCAUUUGGAUACCCAUGGCUGAAUCCAUUUCGAGAUUAUUACAUAUAUUUUGUUCUAGCUGUUUCUGUUGUUUUUUUCCCUAUCCAUUCAUCAUCACUUUGCUCCCCCAAUAUUGUUGGUUCCUGUGCUCUUUCCAAAGUUUUCUUGAAACUUUGAGCUUUGAAAGAUGCCAAGGAGCACAGAAAAUGCUCUCAGACAAGAAGACCAUUUGGAGUUCGAUGAUCCUGAUGAGGUAGAUGAAGAGGAAGUUGAGUAUGAAGAAAUUGAGGAGGAGGUUGAGUAUGAAGAGGUAGAGGAGGAUGAGGAGGAAGAGGAGGAGGAAAAAUCUGAAGUUGUGUGUGAAGUUGAUGCUAAGCAUGAGAGUAAAAUGGUAGAUCAGAAGGAUGAGGAAGAAAAAGAGAAGCAUGCUGAGCUUCUUGCUCUUCCUCCUCAUGGAUCUGAAGUGUAUGUUGGGGGCAUCUCAGAUGUAUCUUCUGAAGAUCUCAAAAAACUAUUUGAGUCGGUUGGAGAAGUUGUGGAAGUGCGAAUACGAGGAAAGGGGGAUAACAAGCUGUAUGCUUUUGUUAAUUUCAGAACUAAAGAACUGGCUUUAAAGGCCAUCCAAAAGCUGAACAAUAAAGACCUAAAGGGAAAGAAGAUAAAGGUUUCUUCGUCCCAGGCAAAGAACAGGCUAUUUAUUGGGAAUAUACCCCAAGAUUGGACACAGGAUGAUUUCAAAAAUGCAGUGGAAGAAGUUGGUCCUGGAGUUUUAAAAGUCAAUCUCCCGAAGGCACCACGUUCAGAUUGCCAUAAGGGCUAUGGCUUUAUUGAAUACUACAACCAGGCAUGUGCAGAGUAUGCCAGGCAGAAGAUGUCUACCCCAGAAUUCAAACUAGAUACAAAUGCUCCUACUGUCAAUUGGGCAGAUACUAAGAAUAGUGGUGAAUCUGCCUCUACUGCGAAGCAGGUUAAAUCUCUUUAUGUCAAAAACCUGCCCAAGACUGUUACUGAAGAGCAGCUGAGAACGCUGUUUGAGCACCUUGGAGAAAUUACAAAAGUUGUUCUUCCUCCUGCAAAAGCUGGUCAUGAAAAUCGGUACGGUUUUGUUCACUUUAAGGAACGGUACAUGGCUAUUAAGGCUCUGAAGAACACCGAGAGAUAUGAACUUGAUGGUCAGCUACUGGAUUGUUCACUUGCAAAAGCAGACAAGAAGGAUGAUACUAUAUCAGUACCUAAUACAAAAGCAGGUCCAUUGCUGCCAAGUUAUACCCCACUUGGAUAUGGACUGUCGGGGGCCUAUAAUCCACUUGGAAAUGGACUGGCAGGCGCUUAUAAUCCACUUGGAAAUGGACUGGCAGGCGCUUAUAAUCCACUUGGAAAUGGACUGGCAGGUGCUUAUAAUCGACUUGGAAAUGGAUUGGCAGGUGCUUAUAAUCGACUUGGAAAUGGAUUGGCUGGUGCUUAUGGUGUGCUUCCUGCUCCUGCUGCACAGCCAAUUUUGUAUGCUCCAGGUGCUCCUUCAGGUUCAACAAUGAUCCCAAUGGUUCUACCAGAUGGCCGUCUUGUAUAUGUACCACAGGCUGCAGGGCAGCAAACUGUGCAUGUGGCUUCGCCUCCAUCACAGCAAGGUGGUCAUCGUUAUGGUGGUAGCAGUGGUGGUGGAUCCGGCUCUGGUGGAAGGCGGCAGAGAGGAGAUGACCGCGGUAGUACUAGUAGCAACAACAGCCGCAGGGGCCGACACCGUCCAUACUGAUGUUUGCAAAGGUUGCUGUUAGCGUUUAGAAGUUAGAACCUAGGACAAAAGAAUGCCUCUGUUGCAGUACCUGGAUCUGGAUGGCUACCACCUAAUAGCUGGAGACUGUACUUUGUAGUUUGCACUAGCGUUUAUUUUCCUCGGUCUGUAACGAACCGCUGUAGAACCAAUAAUACUGCAAACCGUAGAUGUAGCUUGGGAUGCUAUCCAUCAGGCUUCAAGAACAGUUUUGCUGUGCUCACUGCUAUGGUCUACAUUUGUGUCUGUUUGAUCA